AUGUUUUGGAGACUUGCUCGUCCGUUAAUUCAAACAUGUCAAUUUGCAAGAUUUUCUAAAUCUACUGGGGAUGACCCUUCUGAAGCUAUAAAGGGCUCCCCUCCACCAACUCCCCCAAAUGAUGGCCCAGAUUAUCCACCCCAACAUCCAUUUGCCCUCUCCACUCAGAAUAUUCCUGAAAACUUUCCCUGCGUCCCUGUCAUUCCAAUAAGUGGGCCGCCGCUCUUUCCUAAGUUUGUCAAAAUGCUUGAAAUCACUGAUAAAAAUUUAAUGGAUCUUAUUCGUCGGAAAAUGAAACUAAACAUGCCUUAUGCUGGCGUUUUUAUGAAGAAGAACCCAAAUGAUACCUCUGAUGUCGUCAAAAGCCUGGACGAUCUUUAUCGUGUCGGAACUUUUGUUCAGAUUCCGGAGUGGGAUGAUUUGGGAACUAAAAUUAGAAUGCUUGUAAUUGGACACAGAAGAAUCCAAAUAGUUAAAUCUAUUCCUGAUACGAUUGAAGAAACUAACUCCGAAACCCCCUCGGUCGAUGACAGAUCACGAAACAAGCGUAACGGUUUAUUCAGGCGCGUUCGAAAAGCUGCUAAUGUGGACGUUUCGCCACCAGACAGCACAGAAAAUAUAGAAAGCGCCUCUUCGGAAAAGACUGUUUCCUCUUUUUCGGAUGCCUCAAGUUCUAGCGAAGAAAUGUUUUCUUCUCCACCUCCAACCUCAGAAGAUGUCCUCAUGGCUGAGACGAUCAAUAUCUACAAUGAGCCCUUUGAAAAUACUCAAGAGAUCAAAGCUCUUAGUGGAGAGAUUGUCAAGACUAUUCGUGACAUAAUUAAUCUCAAUCCAAUCUACCGGGAGAACGUCCUUGCUAUGUUGCAAGCUGGCCAACGUGUAGUGGACAACCCGGUCUAUCUUAGUGAUCUCGAACUUCAAGAGGUUCUGGAAGAAAUGCGUAUACCCGAACGUCUGCGUCUAUCACUGAACUUGGUUAAAAAGGAGCACGAAUUGGGCAGACUUCAACAACAAAUUGGUCGAGAGGUUGAGGAGAAGGUCAAGGCUCAACAUCGAAAAUACAUGCUGAUGGAACAAUUAAAGGUGAUUAAACGUGAGCUUGGCUUAGAAAAAGAUGACAAGGAAACUAUUAAUGAGAAAUUCCGAACUCGUCUUGCAGAUCUGAAGGUCCCUCAAUCGGUUAUGGAGGUUAUUGAAGAGGAACUUAAUAAACUCAGCGUCUUGGACAAUCAUUCCUCCGAAUUCAAUGUAACGCGAAACUACUUGGACUGGCUUACGAAUCUACCAUGGGGAAUUACGAGCGAAGAAAAUUUGGACUUAUCUCGCGCUAGGGUCGUGCUUGACGAAGAUCACUAUGGUCUAGACGAUGUGAAGAAGCGAAUUCUUGAAUUCAUUGCUAUCAGUCAACUUAAAGGAACUACUCAGGGAAAGAUUCUUUGCUUCUACGGCCCACCGGGCACUGGGAAGACCAGUAUUGCCAGAUCUAUUGCUCGAGCCCUCAAUCGAAAGUAUUUUCGAUUUUCGGUUGGUGGUAUGUCAGACGUCUCUGAAAUCAAAGGCCACCGUCGAACCUACGUUGGUGCAAUGCCCGGUAAAAUCAUCCAGUGUUUAAAGAAGACGCGCACUGAAAAUCCUCUUAUUCUUAUUGAUGAGAUAGACAAACUUGGCCGUGGUUGGCAAGGUGACCCUUCAUCUGCUCUCUUGGAGCUCCUUGACCCUGAACAAAAUGCUAACUUUUUGGAUCACUACCUUGAUGUGACUGUGGAUCUUUCUCGAGUGCUCUUCAUCACAACCGCCAAUCAGGUUGAAGCAAUAGCAGAACCUCUGAGAGAUCGUAUGGAGUUGAUCGAAGUCGCUGGUUAUGUGGCUGAAGAGAAAAUGGCUAUUGCUCAGCGCUACCUCCUUCCACAAGCCUCCAAAGCUUCUGGUCUUGAAGAUGGUCAGGUCGAAGUCACCGAUUGUGCUCUUCAUCGUCUAAUAAAGCAGUACUGCCGUGAAUCUGGUGUUCGUAAUCUCCAAAAGCACGUUGAGAAGGUUUUGCGUAAAGCAGCCUUCAAGGUGGUAAACGGAGAGGCUGAAACACCACUACGUGUGAAUGAGGACAAUUUAACCUCAUUCGUGGGGCAACCAAUUUGGACGACGGACAGACUGUAUCCGGCAGUCACCCCUCCUGGUGUUGUGAUGGGUCUCGCGUGGACUGCAAUGGGAGGCUCUGUGCUCUUCAUUGAAUGUAUCAAUAAAGAACCGGUGCCAACAAAGUCUGCUAAAAGGGAAAAAGGCGAUGAGGAGACUUUUAACAAAGGCAAUCUUCAAUUAACCGGUCACCUAGGCGACGUAAUGAAGGAGUCAGUAGCUAUCGCACAUACAUUCGCCGGCAACUUUGUCUCAUCAGACGAAACCAUCCGCAGUAGGUUGGAAAACGGUCCCGUCACCUCCUCUCAAGCUCACAAUUUCCUUUGGGAUGCCAAAAUCCAUCUUCAUGUACCCCAGGGAGCAACUCCCAAGGAUGGCCCUUCUGCUGGCAUUACAAUGGUAACAGCGUUGCUUAGUUUAGCUUGCAACCUCCCCGUGCGUCCUGAUCUGGCAAUGACAGGUGAAAUCAGUCUUACUGGUAAAGUACUCCCCGUCGGAGGAAUCAAAGAAAAAGUUAUCGCGGCUAAACGAGUUGGUGUGACUACUGUGAUCUUACCCGAGAUGAACAGGAAGGACUACGAUGAUUUGGCGGAUUUCAUUAAGUCAGAUCUUGAGGUUCAUUUUGUGAAUCACUAUUCGGAGGUGUUUCCAAUUGCUUUUCCUGCUUAA